AUGUUUUUAACUCAACGUGCGAUGUCGUUUUUACAGUGUUUGCAAUUUAUUCUUUAGAUUUUGGAGAUAUUUAACAAUUUGUUUCAAUGUGAUUUUUUACAGUUUAAUUAUUGUAAUUUUUACAACCAGGUAGUUUAUUUAAAGCAUUAAUUUUGUAUGUGGGAGAUUCCGUAGCGAGUUAAUUCAUUUUCCUCGUAUUGCACGGAAAACAAUCUAAUCAUGUUCAAAAAUGAAGAAAUUCAUAUAUUUCCACAAGCCGAAGGAGAAGAUAAUAUAUUAACAUUCAACGAGGUGGACUUCCAAAUGUUGAACACGUACCUGCCGCAAACUCCAGACCUUCUUCAGGAUCCCCAGUUCUGCGAGGAGACCAUGGACGUGCAGAGGAAGUACGAGCAGCCUAUACAGCUUGUACCUGAUUCACCUCUCGGCCCUCCUGUGAGAGUCAACUUUGCUGGUGAUGUCAACUUCACAGUGGAGAUAGAUGCUGUUAACACAAAGAAAAAGAAGUAUUUGUACUCGCAUCGCUUGAACCGGAUCUAUGUGGACAUGGGCUGCAACUUUUCCGUCGGUUUCCGCUGGGAUGCCGAGAAGCUGUGCGGCCGCGACGUGUUCGUGCGGGCGACUACCGUGUUCGCGGAGCUGGCGCAGGCCGAGAAGCGCGUCGAGCGCUGCUAUCAGCACUCGCACGAGUCGUCCAACGCGGGCACAGAGCGCGCAGUGACAAUGAACGUGCUCCGCUCGGCCCGGGCACUGGGCUCAGCGGGCGUGUACUACUGCGGACGGGCCGAGCGCAGCGACUCGUGGUACUCUGUGGCGGUGCGGUUGGAUGCGCCCGCAGACCUCGCCUAUGUGUUCGCCUGCAAGAGCUCAUGCUCCUCCGGGAUUAAUAGAAGACCAAUUAAUGUUAUCUUCACGUUGGAGGAUAUCUGCGGCAAAGUGUACGGGCGGCAGAGUGUAGGCGCGCGCGUGUGUUCCUGCCCCCGGCGGGACAUGCUCCGCGACGAGGAGGACGCGGAAGUGCCCCGGGGCAAGCGGCCCGCUGCCCCAACUGCCCCCACUGCCCCGAGCGGGCAGGACAAGAGCAAGAAGGUGCGGCUGGAGGUAGUGGAGAAGGACGACGCUGUGGUCACGUUGCCAUCGAUAGAAGUGGUAGGCGUUCGAACAGCGAUACUAGGGCUGGAAGUAAUGGUCGGCAUGAUGGAGCAGACCCGGGACGCGCGUGCUAGCUCACAGCAGCCCAUAGGAGAUAUCAACACGCAGAUAAAUAACCUCAAGAGUAUCAUAGAUGGGCUCAAGACGCAGAAGAAAUGAACUAGAUAGAUACAAUGCACUGGGAAUGUUGAAGUACCCUCAUUUUUGAAAGUUUUGAAGGUAGUGGGUAGAUACAACUGUUCUAUCUUUUGGACGUUUUACCCUUUUUUUUGGUAAAUUUUUAUAGAUCUCUGGGGGUAGAUGCAACUGUGUUCUUUUUAGCUUUUUUGUAGCUUUGUAUACAAAGGUAAUAUGAAACUACCCGCAUUUAUUUAACUGCCGUUUUUUAAUAGUUUUAAAUACCAGUGCAUUUGUAAAAGAAUUUAAGACUUAGAUUAUGUUUUAAUUUUUUUUAUUAUAGCGUAUAAGUGAUUAAAGCUCAAUAGCUUUAUUUUUUGACUUAAUUUUUAUGAAUAAGUUUUAUUUUUGUUUUAAUUAUUUUUAGUGAGUAAUGUUAACUUGAACACGCCUAUAAUUUAAGUGCCUUACUAAAAUACUUUAAGACUAUGUGCUAAUAAUUCUUAUAUCUAGGAAUAAUCGAUAAUGAUGCCAGUGUCUUCCAAAAAAAUAAUAAUAAUAGUGCUGUCUCAAACGUGUCUCAAUUAAUUUUUUGUCAUAAACAAUGAAAAGUGAAGAGUUACCUGUAUCACGUACCCACCGUUUAUUAUAGAAUACAGAAAUACUUUUCGAAUGACGAAAUUUUUGAAUCGAUCGUGUAAACAAUAUAAAUACUACGACUUGUAACAUCCGAUGUUUAGAAAGAGAGAGAAAAUAGUCGUAUCAUAUCUCUUUCUCUAUUGACGCAAUAUAUUCUGACGUCACAAAAGCUUUUUUUUCUCUAUAUAUAUUCUGACGUCACAAAAGCUUGUUUCAUUAAUUUUUGCUCAUAAACUUUGGUAAGUGAAUAUACGAAUAGACAGAGAGGGUACCGAGAUUUUCUUUCUCUUUCUAACCGAAGGUCAUUGACCUGGCUCUCUUGUUCUACGUACAUAUAAAAUAAAUCGUGUUUUAAACCCGUUAUAAAUAAUGGCUUUAAUUUAUAAACUUUUCAUCUCUUGAUUAAGAUUUUCAGGCAAUUUCAUGUAAUUCGAACUAUUGUGUAAUGUUUUAAAAUACUCUGCGUGAGAUUUGAAGAAUCUCAUAUCAAAUUACGACGUAAUUUUAAUUUAAUGCAAAACAUUUCAUAUUUUUACUUUAUGUAUUAAAAAACAAGGACUUUAAUAAAUAAUUCAUUAUGUAUUCUAAAAAAUACCCAGUUGUAAUUCCAGUUUUAGAUUUUACUAUUUGUAAGAAAUGAUCUUUUUCGACUUAUUUCAUCAUGAAAAACGUAGAAUUAACACAAAAAAUUCCAUGUCUUUUGAUACCAAUGUAUGUUUAAAUUUAUAUUUGUUACAAUAAUUAUGAAACAGCCAGAUGGCAUACUAAAAUUUUCUAUAAAAAUAUA